AUGGCGCCUUCCUCCUUCUUCCUCACCGUUCUUCUUUAUGCUCUUACGGCCAGUGCCGCGGCCGUAGGAUUCAUCCUUCCCAAAGCAGGAUCUCUUGAGCACAUCCCCGAUUUUGGCCCCAAUCCCACCAAUGUCUCCAUGUACAUUUAUGUUCCCAAGAAAUUGGCAGCGAAGCCGGGCAUUGUCGUUGCCAUUUACUAUUGCACAGGAACAGCGGAGGCAUACUACACCGGCUCCCCCUAUGCCAAGCUGGCAGAACAAUACGACUUUAUACAACUCCAUGCCGACAUGGUCGCCUGGACCAAGAAGCAGUACAAGGUCGACUGCAGUAAGAUGUUUGUGACAGGUAGCAGCUCAGGCGCCAUGAUGACGAACGUCAUGGCAGCCACAUAUCCCGAGCUAUUCGCCGCAGGUAUCGCCGACUCCGAUGUAGCCGCCGGCUGCUUCAUGUCCGCCACCGACCAGAACCAGGCAUGGAACAGCACCUGCUCGCAGGGCAAGUCCAUCGCCACGCCUGAGGUCUGGGCCGGCGUCCCAAAGGCCAUGACCGGGAUACAACGGCCCACGCCCUAA